AUGGACUAUUUCUCAUCACUUAAUGCGAACUCAUUAGAUCCUGAUACACCUACAAUUUUUGAACUGCUGUCAGCCAAACAGCUUCAGGAUCUCAUUUCGCCAUCUCUUCGAUAUAUUAUCACAUUCUAUGCUCAAAGGAAUCCCCAGUAUUUAUUGAAAAUAGCGAACCGAUAUGAUGAGCUGUACCUUUUGUUAAUGGGACUUGUGGAAUACUAUCAUCUCAAGAAUUGGAAUUCAUCUUUCACAGAAAAGUUCUAUGGUAUCAAGCGGACCCGUAAUCUGGCUACUGGAGCAUCACUUAACACAAGAUUAGCAGCUCCUGCUCAAUUCGAGAAGCAUAGAAGACUCACAAAAAAGCAGGUUCUAGGCUCGUUGUUCUUUGUGAUGGUUCUUCCAUAUAUAAAGGAAAAACUGGAUGCACGACAUGAGAUGCUCAAAGGUCGAUAUAUGUUCCGUAGUGCGGAGCAAGACAGAAUAAGAGCAUAUGAAUCUGGUCAAUUGAAACAAAAAGUACAAUUUGAAUUCGACCAGAUUCUUCUAAAAUGGUAUCCUACAGUAACAAUGUUGGAAUCGUCAGCCUCCCUAGCAUUCUAUCUAUUUUAUUUAUUCUCCAAAACCAGCUCAUCUGGACCAGCAGACUUCCUUCUCGGCAUGAAAUAUUCUCGUAUGAGCCAAUAUGACUACCAGCUUCACGAUAAGCCUGUAGUUCCCUCAUUAAUAGCGGAUUCUGAUGGCGACAACGACGUAGCCAAUUCAUUUGGCGACAAACUCGUCGACCUUAUCACGACCACUCAAGGACUUGUCAAAGUAAAAGAUAUCACGCUCUCCGGCCUGUCAUUUGCCCUUCCCACAUCCAUGUUCCUAUUAAAGUUUCUCGAGUGGUGGAAUGCCAGUGACUUUGCGCGACAAUUGUCGAAAAAGACUCGAGGCAAUGGCACUGAAGACGAGAACCUGCCAGUUCCUGACUACCCUCAAGCCCGCACCGGCUCUGGCCUGUGUCCACUCUGCAGCCAACCCCUCACCAACCCCACAGCCAUCGAAACAGGUACCGUCUUCUGCUACCUCUGCAUCUACCGCCAUCUCGAAAGCGGCAACGCCCAAACCGGCGGCCGGUGUCCCGUCACGGGCCAGCGACUCCUAGGAUGUAAAUACUCGCCCGAAAAAGAGGGCUGGGAGGUAUCCGGCCUCCGCCGUUUAGUGUUGUAA